AAUGCAACGCACUGAACGCACCUCCUGAACAUGUGAUGAUGACGUCAUAUUUGGGUAGUGUGCCCGGAAGUAUCAACGAUAGUAAAAUUAAAAUAAGAAAAGCAAGCGCUACAUUACGUCUAAAUCGAGAAGAAUAAAAGCAAUAACAAGACAUUCAUUCUUGGACCAUCAAGGACCCUACCAGCAUGUCGAAUAUGGAUAAGCAUCUCUUCAAUCUAAAGUUUUCAGCCAAAGAACUGCAACGAAACUCUAAGAAAUGUGACAAAGAGGAAAAGGCAGAGAAGGCCAAAGUAAAAAAAGCUAUCCAAAAAGGAAAUGUGGAAGUGGCACGGAUCCAUGCGGAAAACGCCAUCAGACAGAAGAACCAGUCGGUCAACUUCCUUAGGAUGAGCGCUCGGAUCGAUGCAGUGGCCUCCAGGGUCCAAACAGCAGUCACAAUGAACAAGGUCACUAAAUCUAUGGCUGGGGUGGUGAAAGGCAUGGAUGCCACGCUGAAGAGUAUGAACCUGGAGAAGAUCUCAGGCCUCAUGGACAAGUUUGAACAUCAAUUUGAGACAUUGGAUGUGCAGACAGCCCAAAUGGAGGACACCAUGAGUAGCACAACCACACUUACCACACCACAGAAUCAAGUGGAUUCACUGAUGCACGAAUUGGCUGAUGAAGCAGGUUUGGACCUGAACAUGGAGCUCCCACAGGGGCAGACUGGAUCAGUGGGCACCAGCGUAGCAUCAGUAGAGCAGGAUGAACUGUCUUCAAGGCUUGCCAAACUCCGAGACCAAAUGUAAAGGAAGAACUCAGUCUGAGACCUCAAUGCAUGGCCUGAACUGGCCUAAACUGGAUAAAAAUCCAAGACCUGCUGUUCUUUUCAUAAUGUCUUUCUCUCAUUUAGUUUCUCUUUAAAUGUAUAUCUUUGAGAGCCUUGCCCUUGGGUCCUUUUAUUGGUGUUCGAAAUGUACUAUUUUAUAUAGAGAGUAUGAAGGUACAGGAAUAUAGGCCACCAGCCUACUAACACAGACUUAUUGGUUAUGGAAAAUUCAUGAUUUAAAAAAAAUAUAUUGCAACCAUAUCAGUUCUAUCUCCAUCUGAUGCUUUUUGGAAUUUUUUUUUUUUGUGUUGUAGUUUGGCAGACAUCUCUUGUGUCUUAAAAUGAAACUACAAUGUUAUAUGAUGCGUUUCUUUCCUGUUUCUUACCCGAGUCCCUCCAUUUACCCAUUUCCUGACAAGAUAUUUUAUUCACAUGAAUAAUUGUGUUUAAAAAAAAAUGUGUUCUCCUAUCCUGUAUCAGAACGGCAUGGUUGUAUGAAGAGAUUGGUUGGUUGAUUCUUACAUUUGAUAACUCUCGAGUUUUGGGGUUGUUUUUUUUUGUGACUACACAGUUUAGGGUAAUAGAUAAUACAAUUUUAUACAGUAGGCCGUCAUUGUAAAUAAGAGUUUGUUCUUAACUGACUUGCCUAGUUAAAUAAAAAUAACACUUUUAGCCUCUUG